CCGAUUUCUGAUUUGGAUGUGCUUCUGUCUACUUUAGAUCAACUAGGGGGGUAUAUGUAAAUGCUAAUAAUGUAUUUUCUAGUCAAACCUACCAGGUGAAGAGUCUAAUAGUGAUGCAGAUUUUGGUGACAUAUUCCUGAAUAGAUUGUUUCUUACCAAGCUGCUACUUUCGGAAUGCAUUGAUACUACUUUUGAGAGUUUAUUAGAUCCACAAUCAUUGUCCAUACCAAUUCGAUACUUCAUCGGUAUGAUGGAUAAACUUGGAAAAACCUAUGGAGUAGAACAAGACGUUCUGCAGUCAUGGAAAAAUGAAUGCUAUGCUACACGAGUUUGGGCUCCACUGAUCGGUAAACCAGACAUAUUGUUUGAUGUUAGUGUGCCUGCUUAUGUGGAACCAUGUAUGGACAUUCUCAGACAAGUCUUUGUGGAAAGUUUUACCCAAACAGCCCACAAAUUCAAUAAGGAAUCACCACCACAGAAGUUAUUGUUCCAUAAAGACAUACCAAGAUACAGAAAGCUUAUUGGUCCUUUUUUCAUCCGCUUGGAACCAGUGACUGAUAAAGAAUUCUGGAGUGAAAUGGACGAAAUCUCGGAUAAACAGAAACUAGAAAUGAGGUUCAGUCGACAAUCUGCCCUUCAACAGCUGUAUAAUUUAUUUAUUAGGAAAUACAAGAGUCAAAUUAUAAAUGAUUUGGAGGAAAUGGAAGAAGCUACAGACCUUCAACUCGCAAGUAAACUUGAAGAAGUCAUUCAAUCGAUGGAUGAAUCUUCUGCCACGCGUUAAGUGGUGUACUUCUAAUAACAAACAGACUGUAAAUAGAUAUAGCACUUUUUUUAAAUACUGAUACUGUGAAUACAUGAUUUAUAACACAAAAACAACUGUAAAUGACGGAAGAACUAAUUUCUCACAUGGAAGAAAUUAUGAAAUAAACUGGAGUUUUUCACAUCAAACUUUUUAUUUUGGAUUUGUUCCUGACAAUUGUAUUUUUUUUGUAGAUUAAUAUGUUGAUGAAUUUACGUUAUAGACAAAAGUUGAGCAAUACAACUGUACAAUUGUCAAUAAACAAUAGAUGAAGUCAUAUAUGAAUGGUCUGGAUGGGGUUUAUAGAAUAGAGUAUAAUGGACCAACAAAAUAAAAAAUUGUAAAAAAAAGAUUUAGAAAUUAAAGAACACAGAAAUGAAAGACCCCUCGCCCUCCUGAUCAGCAUGUAUUUGAUGAGACCAAAUGAAGGUUUUUAAUAAUUUACUCAAAUGAUAAGCCAGCUUUUACAUUUUCAAUUGAAGUAAUUAGAAUGAAUUGUCAUAUUUUUCAUUUGUACAUUAUACUUUGUGUACAGCACGUACACAUAUACAUACUGUUUUAAGUCUUAUAAAUUAUAUGAAAGAGGCUUUCCGAACCAAACGACACAACUUUCUAAUCUAAAUGAAAUACUAUUUUGACAUAUUACAUGCAUUAUCUGAAUCUUGAUGUAUUUGCUAUUUUUGCCUUCGCUACAGUCAAUUCGGAGCCUUUUAUCCUGACCAGUUUUUCGUUUGUACAUGAAACUACAGGCGUUUGAAACAUGUUUUUUUUUUCUUUUUCCCCAGUGAUUAGAUUAGUUAUUUUUAGGGUUAUUUUUAAUGUCUAUGUAUUUUCCUUUAAUAAAUGUGUUCUUGCUCCUAUUCAUACGAUUUUACAAUAACAGAACGUGCUGUUGCUCUACUCUUAUUUUCCACUUAAGAGCAGAGGAACAACACGUACACACUACUGUUAUUGUAAUUAAAUAUGCCGUAAGUAAUUUGAAGAAUUUAAGAUAUUUAGAUUACGGAAAUCUAAACUAUAAGUUAACUUAAGUUGAUUCAGUGGUCAGUGGAUUCUUGAAAAAUAAUCUACAGUGUGAACAAUAGAUUGACGUCAGAGAAUUUGGUCAAUUGUCAUUAAAAAUGACCCCUGCAGAAAAUGAGAGCAUUUCACACUGUAGAUUAAGGAAAGAAUUUUAAAAGUUUUCAAUGCCCAAAGCACCUGUGAAUGUUUUUUUUUUUACUUCUUGUUAAACAAUUCAUUGUUAUUAUUUUACAUUAUUUUUUUUCAUGUCGGGGCCUUUUAUAGCCGACUAUACGGUAUGGGUUUUUCUUAUUGUUGAAUGCCGUACGGUUGCCUAUAAUUGCUUACAUCCACUUCAUUUUAAACCUUGGUGUAUAGUUGUCUCUUUGGCAAUCAUACCACAGCUCCUUAUGUUUAUAUAUUUUGUUUCGUAAGGACAAAUAAAAAAACGUAAAACAUUCUUUACUAUGAUUUUAACAUGUAAGUCAAAUUCACUUUAUUUAGUUAAUCAUGUAACAAUGAUUACCAUGUGAUUAAAAAUGUCAAAUUUUAAUUUUACAAACUCUUUAUUUCAUGACACCUUGAAUGUUAUACCUUAUGCAAUUUACAGUUAAAGCGACUUUUCAACUUUUGUUGUGUUCAUUACCCAGACCAUAUGAGUGUAUACGCAUAAGGUCAUGACCAAAUACGUAUCGUUCAAAUACUCGUAUGUUCCGGAGCAGAUAUGAUAUAUAUUACAGUGAAUUUUUUAAAUAAGGGAUUUUGCAUAAUCUCUAAAAUUUUAGGAGUUUUAUAUAAUCCUAAUUUAUAAUGGAAUUUAUAAAAUCCAAGAUUAGUUACAUUUUUUUACUAGUGAUGUUUCAAGUUCACUAGAAUAAUUGAGAACUUUUUUUUACAGAUUCACGGAUUUUAGAAAAAAAAUAUUUCGCUCCUUAUCACUUACAUGUUUGAUUAAGUACCAGACUUUUUAAUUUCUAGGAAUUGAAACACACAGUUUAUUAAACACCAAAUCUAUGGGAACGAGAAUAAACUUGAAAGUAAAAAUGGUUCACAGUGGGUUUUGUUUUCGUUCGUGUUGCUCAAUCUUUAGUUUUCUGUUUAACAUUUUGUUUUAUUGUGUUUCUUUUUGCAAAGGGCUAAAUUGUAAUCUGUUUUUUAUUGGACUUAUGAUUUUUUUCUCUCUCCUUUGAAAAAAGAUGUUUCUAUCGUUUUCAUUUUAUUAAGAAAAAAGAUACAUUUCUUCUCAAUUUACAGGUAUUUUAUUAAAUUCCAAUCAAUUUAGACUGUGAUUUUAUUCAAUUUCAGACAAUUUCAGGUAUUUUAUAAAAUUCCUUAAUCUGCGAGCGAUAUUAUAAAAUCUCUGAAUAUUUCAGGUAUUUAACAAAAUCUCUUAUUCUACAAAUUAAUUGUCACGUAAUUAUCAAUGUGUUAAAGUUGUUUUUUUAAUAAAUAUUUUAUUGAAACAAAAUGUAAAAAUAUAUGUAUAAGAUGAAUAAAGGUUAAAGAACUUGAUAAUUAUAAUUAUGCAAAAAAUAGAAAAAGUAUAUUAUAUGUGAUGAAUAUAAUGAAUAUUGUUUUAUUUUAAUGUUAAUGAAAAUUGAAUACCCUACAAAUAAAGCAUCAUGUUUAUAUGAUACAUAUUUUUUAAUCAAUUGAUGAUCAAAUUGAAAAUUGUACAAAUAAAAAUGAUAUAAAUUUGGCGAA